AUGUCCUCGUUAUCGUCCGAUUUCGCCGCGGUGCAGCUCCAGGCCGCGAAGGCGACGAUGGACAUCGUGGACGUCGAGCCGAAGUUGACGUACCGCACCGUGAACGCGGUCGCGGGCCCGCUGGUGAUCUUGGACAAGGUUAGCAAAGCAAAGUACGCAGAGAUCGUCAACGUGCGCAUGCCGGACGGCACCGCGCGACGCGGACAGGUCCUGGAGGUGGACGGAGACCGAGCGGUGGUGCAGAUCUUCGAGGGCACGAGUGGGAUCGAUGGGAAACGAACGAAGUUGGAGUUCACGGGGGAGGUGUUGAAGACGCCGGUGAGCGAGGACAUGUUGGGACGGAUUUUUAAUGGAAGCGGUAGACCCAUCGACGGUGGACCGAAGGUCAUGGCGGAAAAGUAUCUGGAUAUUCAGGGGGCGAGCAUCAAUCCGAGCGAGCGGACGUACCCGGAGGAGAUGAUUCAGACGGGGAUAUCCACGAUCGACGUGAUGAACUCCAUCGCGCGCGGGCAGAAGAUUCCGUUGUUCUCUGCCGCGGGUCUACCGCAUAACGAGAUCGCGGCGCAAAUUUGUCGACAGGCCGAUUUGGUGCGGCGACGGGGCGAAGAUGGGCGCGAGGUGGAGUCGACCGGGACGUCAGGCGACGACGACUUUUGCAUCGUCUUCGCCGCGAUGGGGGUGAACUUGGAGACGGCGAACUUUUUCCGUCGCGAUUUCGAGCGCACGGGCGCUUUGGAGAAGGUGUGCCUGUUUCUGAAUCUCGCGAACGAUCCCACGAUCGAGCGCAUCAUCACUCCACGCAUUGCGCUCACGACGGCGGAGUAUUUGGCGUACGAGAAGGGCAAGCACGUGCUGGUCAUCUUGACAGAUAUGUCUUCCUACGCCGACGCCCUGCGGGAGGUGAGCGCGGCGCGAGAAGAAGUUCCGGGUCGUAGAGGUUACCCUGGCUACAUGUACACGGAUUUAGCGACAAUAUACGAGCGAGCGGGACGAAUCAAGGGGCGCAAGGGCUCGAUCACGCAGUUGCCCAUCCUCACGAUGCCGAACGACGACAUCACGCACCCAAUCCCGGAUUUGACGGGAUAUAUCACGGAGGGUCAAAUUUACAUCGACCGACAGUUGCAUAAUCGCCAGAUUUACCCGCCCAUCAACGUCUUACCGUCGCUGAGCCGUCUCAUGAAGUCUGCCAUCGGAGAGGGCAUGACGCGCAAAGACCACGGCGAGGUCUCCAACCAGAUGUACGCCAACUACGCCAUCGGUAAAGACACGCUCGCCAUGAAGGCCGUUGUCGGGGAAGAGGCGUUAAGCUCGGACGAUCUCCUCUAUCUCGAGUUCCUGGAUAAGUUUGAGCGCAAGUUCAUCAACCAAGGCAACGAGGGUCGUAACAUUUACGACGCCCUCGACCUCGCGUGGUCACUCCUGAGAAUCUUCCCUCGAGAGCUCCUCAAGCGCAUCCCCGCCAAGACGCUCGAUCAGUACUAUGAUCGCGUCAACUAG